AUGGAGGAUUACAAGGACACCUACAACGCCAACACAGUGACUACAAACAAGGCUAUUCAGAACGUUGGUGCCUUGUUCCAAACGGAAAAGGCAAAAUUUGUUGAACUUCACAAGGUGCUUCAGUCUGAACAUGAAGCAUUCCAGUCUUCUAUCGCUGCGAAUAUCACAAAGCUUCAGGAGGAUCUGGCGAAAGAAAACAAGCUCAUGGAUGCUCUCGCCGUCAAGGAGGAAAAGUGUAAAGUGUUGGAAACCAAGCUUCACUACACUGAAAAGCAGGAAGUGGAUAGAUGA